AUAGAAAUAUCUACGCCCACAGUUACGAAUGGCACCAGAUAAAGCAAUAGGAAAACCAGAGAAACAACUUACCUGAAUCCGACGGCUGAAGAGAUCCGGCGGGACCCACACUCAGAACUUGAUCCUAUCCACAGAACCACUAGAUUCUUCCAAUCGAUAUUAAACCCAUCUCCCCUUCAUUCAUCACAUCAUCAUCAUCAUCAUCCCACUGGUCUAAAAAUUUCUAGGGCUAAUGGCGUCCGAGCCGGAGAUCGGCGCUGAAGAUGGCGGUCGGACGAGGGCGAGGUUCUUUCCGAUCAUCAUCGGCGUGGUAGGGCCUCCGCCGUCAGAUCGGGUGGUGCUGGUGAACCCGUUGACACAGGGGAUGGUGAUCUUGCAAGGCGGGAUGGAGCUGGUGUCGGAGAUCCUUAGUUCCGGUGGCGUGCCGCCGGCGUCGAAGGCGUCGAUCGAGGCGAUGAGGAGGGUGGAGGGCGGGGAAGAGGUGGAGGAGGAGUGCUCGGUGUGCUUGGAUGCGAUGAUGGUGGCGGUGGAAGCGGUGAAGGAGAUGCCGUGUGGGCAUAGGUACCAUGAAAGGUGUAUAGAGAGGUGGUUGCGGAUCCAUGGAUCGUGCCCGAUUUGCCGUUAUCGGAUGCCGGUGGAGGAGCGGAGAGGAUCCGAUAAGAGCUGGGAGAGGGAGCUUUGGUUUUUAGGGUUUGGGAGUCGAGGCCGGAGUCACAGUGAUGAAGGCGAUGGAGAUCCAGAGUGAUUUUUUUAUUUAUUUAUUUAUUUAGUUUUUAAUUAAUGAUAAUUAUUAAUUUAUAUAUAUAUAU